AUGGAAUUGAAAGCAAUGAAUGGCGUACAUGAUGGAUUGGAGGUGUGCCUGCAUAAAUGUCACAGGUUUUUUUCACCCAUGGAAAAUAGAAAGGAGGAGCUUAAGCGAAACAGCAUCAAUGUGCAUCAGAGGCUUGGGACGGAUGCUCAUGUAACCUCAGAAGAGAUGGAUGCCGAGAGAAGGAACACAAAGGCGUACGAGUAUCUGUGCAGGUUGGAGGAGGCAAAGACAUGGAUAGGGGAAUUUGCAAAUGUGCCUGAGGCAUUUGAGGAAUUUGAAGACGAGAUGAAGCGAGGAAUGGUAUUGGCAGAAGUAUGCAGAGCAUUUGCUCCGAGAUGUGUGAAGAGUGUGUUUAAUGGAAGUGUUCUUCAGUACAGACAUACAGACAACAUCAAUUAUUUUCUGGAUGGAAUAGUACAGAUGGGGUUGCCCAGACACUUUCAUUUUGAGGUGAUUGAUUUGUAUGAAGGAAAGAAUUUUGCAAAGGUGAUAUAUUGCAUCCAUGCGCUUGCACAUUUUUUGAGCUCGAAGGGGAUAUCGAGAAGCAUAAGAAGUGCAAAAGGAAAGGUGUUUUCUGAGGAUGACAUGGCAAGGGCUGAUGUUCAGGUUGAGAACAUGCUGAUGCCGAAGUUUGAUGAGAUUGGAAAAAGGCUGUGGGAGAAUCUGAAGAGGGAGGAGAUGAUGGAGCAAGAAGGCAGUGAGACGGCAGCUGAGAGCGAUGAGGAGAAGUGUGAUGGAACAAUUGGAGAGAACGAGUGUAGUUUUUUUUCUGAGGAUAUGAGCAUGUGCGGAGAGUCUGUUGACAUUCUAAAGUUGACGCUGAAAACGUUUCUGUACAAGAAGUGUUUUGAUGACAUAUACUAUAGGAAGGAUGCGUCUCUGUUUUCGAUAAGGAGGUUUGUGUUUCUGUUUUUCAGUAACUCGUCUGAGAUGGUGAAGGAGAACCAGAUUGAGAAUCUGCACUACAAGAUAUCGAAGGUGUUUGACAGCAUUUAUGAGAAGGAGGCACAGAUCAAGGACAUUGAGAUGAGGAUGAGGCUGAUGAUACAAAACAGGAUGGAGGUGGGGAAUAUUAUAGUCAAGAGCCCAAUGAGUGACGAUGCCGAUACUAAGGUGUUUGAGAAGGUGCUGAUGCUGUUGAGGAACAACCCGAAGUAUCUUUCUGGACUGCUUAUGCAUGUUUCUGAUCUGGAUGCGUUUGUGGUGUCGAUAGUGAUUCCGAUAUUUUCGAAUGUGUGUUCGAAGAGGGAGGAGUAUAUGUUUGUAAGCCUAGUGCUGGAGACAUUCCGCAAGGAGCUUCUGAAUGAGGGGCUUGACAUCAGCAAGCUUGUGUUUAUAGACAUGUCGCUUGGAAUGUACUCUAGCACGUUUUUUUCGCUUGAGGUGUUUAAGGAUGUUGAGCUCCCGAUCCAGCACGGAUUGCCCGCAAGCUCUGCAUGCCAUAAACUGAUGGUGAAUUACUUCAGGGUUGCGAAUGGCAGCUUUGCAAUGCGAGACGGAAUUCUUAGCAUUGUAAGGAAUCUCGAGAAUAUCGAGCUGGAUGCGAAUCCGAUGCUUAUAUACAGAGCCCUGUUUAACCAAGAUGUGUUGGUGGAUAAGGCAUUGGAGAACGAAAGGGUGAGAGAGACUGUUCAGACAAGACUGAUGGUGAUACGUGGCGUGGUUACGUCUGUUCUUGACUUUCUUGAGUCGAAUGUUGAAUCUGUAUCGUACAUUCUAAGGUACUUCUUCAAGCUGUAUGGAUCUGGGACGUUCUAUUCUGAGUUUGUGAUGCCGUUUAUUUUGGCGCCCGAUGCAUUUAUUGAAUCGUUUGUGGUCAGCAAGGCAUUGAGGAACAAGUGCUUUAUUGUCUCGAAAGUUCUUGGAUAUGUGACAGAUGGGGUUACUGUGUUUGAGGAGUCUGAUUAUGGAGAUGAGGGAAUAAAAGAUGAAGAGAUCGGCAUAUGUGUGGGGAAUGUAGAGAAUGAGAAAAGGAGCUUUGAGCUGAGGUUCUAUUCUCCUUUGUAUCCGUUCUUCAAGAAUUGCCGUGAGAGAUAUGGAGAAAUCCUGAGGAGACUUGUCAAUGUAAGUAGCCUUGACAACUACUUCCAAUUUGAGUCGAUGAACGAUAUAGGGAGAGUCAAGAAAGCAACAGUGUAUCUGCCGAGCAGCACUGCAAAUCAAUUGACCACGCUUCUCAUGAGCAACACAAAUCUGCUUGAUACCGAGAUGUGUGAGGUUCUGGAUGCUUUGCCCUUGUUUCCUGACGACAAGAACAAGACGCUCUCGUUUAUGAUUUUUGGGCCGGAAUGGUUGUGCUCGCAAGACUCUGAGAAGAUGGCGCUGGAUAACUUCAUAAGAGGGUUGAAGAAGAAGCUGAUAUAUGCAAUAUCGGUGUGCAAGGGAAGGAACCUAGUUGAGAUGCUUGUGAAGGAGUCUGACGAGGAGGAGCAAAAUGCAUAUACGGAACUCCGCAGGAAUGAAAGGGCUGUAAAGAAUGAUGGAGAGCCCAUGGGUGUGUAUCCACUUGUGCAAUAUGAGACAGUUGAGCAUUUAAAGGAAUCUAUAAUUGAUGACCUGAACUUUUUGGAAAACAGAAGGAUCACAGCAAGGCAUAAUUUGUAUUCUGAGAUGCUGUUUAUGCUAGCACAGGACAUCGUUGUUCUGAGGUUUAUGUCUGACGAGCGUAGCAAGGAGCUGAGGAUAAACGAGCUUAGCUACGACAACCUGUGCUACAGAGAUGAUUAUCUUUCGAACAAGAUUGAGCUGUAUCAGAACUACCUGGAAUCGUUUGUAACAAAGCUUGCCAUUAAGAAGAGGCCGUUUUUUGCAUUUAGCAAUUCAACGGACGAAAUGGUAAGGGAUUCGAAGUAUGGAACAUACAAGUACAGUGCAGAAAGGUUGAUGAGCAUGGGUGUGCUGGUGCAAAUGUAUGAGUGUUUGGACGUGUCUGAGAUAUUCCUUCUGUUUCUUUCUGAUUCUCCACUGCUUCUGAGCGUUGAAGUGUAUGUCCAGAACAUACUGGUUUCCCAUCCGGUUUCGUUUAGGUUCGAUGAUCUCCUUAAGUUGAGGAAGAAUGGAAAUACAAUAUGUGACAUAGCAGGAAUAUGUUCUUUCAGUGUAUGUAGAUUUAUUGAUCUCAUGAACUCCAAAUAUGUUGGAUGCGAGGGCUAA